AGAGUCUUUCACUAAGUACUUAAUGAACUUCAUUAGUUUGUAAUAUUCAAAAAAUGUUAUCAAAAGCCAGUAUAUGUUCAAACACAAAACCACAUCUAGACCUGUAUCCUAAGUUUUUACGUACUAUCCUGCCUUUGCAUAAGAUACUUUGUACUGCAGCUAUGCCUAAAGGCCUGCUGCUAGGCAUUAUCUAUGAAAUUGUUUUGGGUGGUGUUGUAGUUGGCAGGGGAAAACACUCAAAAUGUUUAGUGUGAAAAAGGUCCUGAUCUUUGUUUAAUAUGGAGGAGGGUGUCAAAAUGCUGCCUGUACAGGAGCUGAGUGUUUUUUGCUCUUGCAGUGUCUGGGUAGUGAGAACACAGGUACGAUCUUGGUAUGUAUUCAGAUGCUCGGUGGGUGCAUCGGCCUCUUGACAAGAAAGUGUGGGUCCCUGCUGCCAUGACAGCCAGACUGCAUGUUCUCCUUGCCUGCUUGGGCACUGCUUUCUGAUCUUAAAUGGAUUAAGCUUGGUGUUUACAGGUGAACGGAUUAAAAAGUGCUAUAGACCUGGAGGAAUUGCAGUGAGGAAGAGACAGAAGAAUCUAGGGUAGUGGGUGGGUAUUGCAGUUACAACAAAUAGGAGGCGAGAGGUAGAGGAUUACACAGGGAGAGGAAAUAUUGCAGUAGAAAAAGAUCUGACAAAUAAUUAGUGGCGAGCCUGCUCAUUUGAGUUGUUCGUAUUUGUGUUAGAGAGUUUCAUGGCAGAAAGCCACAGAAAGUGUAUAGUUUUUUUAUAAACAAAUAUGGUGGUCAUUAGAAUUAGCAGUUAAGUAUUUGACUCUAAUGAUGAUUUUCUUGGGAUUUCAGAGUUUCAUUUGUUGAUUCUGUAUUUUAACAAUUGAUAAUGUAGCAGAACUCCAUACUUCUCACAGAAAUAAAAUUGCACUUUGCCCUGUGUUUAUAGAGGUGUGAGAGUGUGUGCGUGCGCACUCAGCCUAUUUACUAAUUUAGGCAUGGUUUAUCAGCAAAAUUACUCCUGAAUUGCUGCUUCUUGGCAAAUUCCAGCUCCAUUAAGGACAUUCUAGAUGUAUUAGGGAAGUAGGAACCAAAAAUACCAUCUCUACAUCUAUUUCCUCUUGUUUGUUUUUAAUGGAAACUGCAAAAUUAAUUAGUGUUUAUUUUGUGAAUGAUUAAGAGCGUCAGCAAGAGAAAUUGACCGAUGCAGCGUGUCUGUUUUCCAUUAAGAUGAAGGCUAAAGUCCUUAGGGAUUGGUGCCAGAAAAGUGGAAAGAGCAUUUGGCAAUGAGAUGAUUAGUGCUAUGACUGCUGCUCCUUGGGCAGAGUCAGUCCUGGUAGCAGUGGUUGCUGUCUAUGCAUCGGUUAUGGUUCAGUCUUCAUGGAAGACAGCCCACUGGCAGGUAAGCUAUUCCUAAGUCAGCAGAGUCAGAAGAUGUGUGCUCUUCGGCUGGUGGUAAUGGUGGAAAGGAGUGUAUGGGCUCCUUGCUAUGUUUUCUCACCGUUUACCACUUCUACUCUGUCCUUUUGAUGCUGUCUUCAGUUAUAUCCCAUCCUCACUUAAGGGAUUAUGCUCAGAAAAGAGACAUUGGAGAAGUCAUGGUGUGACUAUGUCUUAUAUCACAACUAUGAGACGCUGUUAGUAGUGUCUUUUGCAGGAGUAACAUUACAUGAACAAAAAAUAUAUGGACAUGUGUAUUAUACUCAAAAUCUUGUUACAAGCUCUACUAGCUGGACUGCAUCCACCUGCAAACCUGGUUUUUGCCUUAUCUCCUUAUGCUCUUACGUGUACAACAGUGCUAACCGUAUAUCAAAUCUAUGGGUUUGAGACAAAUUAAACACGCCACAUGCCUACUUUUACCAAUCCAUCAUAAUCUUAUCUGAAACUACAAUCUGAGAUGCUAGUGCCUUGCAUUAUGGAGAAGAAAGUUUUUUUUAUUUAAUUUUAAUACUGUACUUCCUAUAUUAAUUUUCUCUGUCAAAUCGACUCUGCCCAAGUUGUGCUUUCUAAAUAAAGAAUUCGUUAUUUAUAGUCUACAAGUAAUGCCAAAAAAUUCUGCUUGGUUCUCUUCUGGUUUAGGUUGCAUGAGGCAGAAAAUUAAAAUGAUAUGUUAUUUUCUUCUGAUUUUUUUUUUUCCUGUUGUGCAUGUUUUUAUAUAUUGAAGUGCAUUAGCAUUUUAGGUAGCUCCUCUAGGAGAACUUCCAGGAGUUCAUACGACAGUUGGACAUUGCAGACUGUGCAAGCUGCCUGAAGCCAGGGAUCACAAGAAGUGAAGUGAAUAUGAAAAAUCUCCAAAUUUCAUGUAGCAUUUCAAAUGAAGAAUCUCCAGGUGUUUUACUCUUUUAUUUUGUUGCUCUUGGGGGAGGUGGAACUUCAUAUUUCGUUAUGGACCGGUUUGAAGGUAUAUCAGAUGAUGAAGUGGAUCAUGCUUUCUUUGACAGUGAUUUUGAGGACGAGAAAAAGAAAGCUGAAGAAAAUGGUGAAUGUAUAGAGAAAGGAAGUACAGAGGCAUGUCUUGCAGACCCUGACUUAGUUUCUAAUUCAAAGGAUACAAAGUGUUGUGAGGAUCAAAGUGAAGAAAAGCAGAAAGAUUUGCAAAAGGAUCAGUCCCUAGAAGAUAGCACGGAUCAUCUUGGACAUGCUUCAUCUUUGUCACUUUUGCCAGUUGUGGAGAAUGCAGGUGCAUCUGGAGCAGCAACUGAGGCAAGUACAGGAACAAUGGAGAAUAUUCCUGCUGGAAUCCCCAAAAUAGUUAAAGAAGGUGAAGAAGAUUAUUAUACAGAUGAAGAAGAUAGUAGUGAUGAUGGCAAAAACCAGAAGGUUAGACCAAAGUCAGCUAAGCAGUCAAGCAACAUAAAAAAGUCUAGCAAAAAAUAUACUAAUAUCAGCUCCUCUUCCUCUUCUUCCUCCUCUUCCUCCUCAUCCUCAUCCUCAAGCUCAGAUACAGAUUGUUCUGAUACAGAUUCUGAUAGCUGUUUAUCAGAUUCUUCUCAUUAUUCCUCAAAGAGGAAUGCUUGUAGGAACACUUUUCUUUCUCCAAAACAAAAGUUCAAGUCGGCAAUGGUAUUAGCGGAAGGAAAACCCAAGUUUGGUGACUACUUGGAGGAAUCUGAAGACACAGUGACUGAUGUAACACCUCUGUCAACUCCUGACAUCAGUCCUAUCCAGUCUUUUGAACUUGCAGCAUCAAAUGAUAAGAAACUAAAAAUAAAAAGACAGGAAAAUGUGAACCAAGAGUUUUAUGAUUCCGAGUUUGAUCGCAGAUAUAGUCGAAAAGUCUUGCAUGAUGCCAUGGACCUGAAUCAGCUUUUGAAAGCUUUCCUGCAGCUGGAGAAAAAAGAACAAAAAAUAACCAUCGAUCAGCCAUCUAAAGGAACAAGGAAAAAUUACUCUUUUACAAAUGAAGAAGUAAGGCAGAUUGAUCGGGAAAACCAAAGAUUGCUAAAAGAACUGUCCAGACAGUCUGCAAAGCCAAGAAGUACCACAUUGAAGAAGUCAGCUGUACCACCUCUUAAAUUGUACCACAGUGCCCUCAACAGGCAAAAGGAGCAGCAGAGGAUUGAAAGAGAAAACCUGGCUUUUCUGAAAAGGCUGGAAGCAGUGAAACCAACACCUGGUAUGAGGCGUUCUGAACAAUUGAUGGACUACCAGCGCCAGAUGAGUUAUCUAAGUUCUUCGCCGUCUGUAAGAAGAGGAAAAUCUGCUUUUAGCCAGCUUAGCCCUUCAAGAGGCACUUCAAGAACAUCCACUGUACCAAGUACAAUGAGCCAGAGGAGUGAAAAACCUGUGUCUGAUUCAGCCAGUGGGGCAUUACAGAGACCUAAACCCACAAAUGUUCGUGCUGCUUGGCUAUAAAAGCAUAUUGACCUUGCAUUUUGAGGUGAUCCUCAGACUUCUAUUUUUAGUGCUUUUGUAAAUUCUAUGUGCAAAAAUAUUUUCUGCAAUGUUUGGCAAUUAAAAUGCAUUGCCUAUGAUAUAAUUGCUUAUAAAAUGAUUUGAAGUGAACCCUUCCACUUCAGUCAGUAUUUUCAACAACAGGAAGAGCUUAUGAAAGAGGAGUAGGUAUAUAAAUGGACAGGUUAAAUAGAAAUUGCUAAUUAUUAUUUUAUUCUCAAAUCAUAAGUGGAAUUUGUUUCUAUAACAUGGAAGGACAGAACUGCUGCACUACAAGUGCAACAUGUAAACAAAAUCUUUAAAAAUAAUAGUAUUUUAAAAUAUUGCAUUAAACUUGUAAGCAUACACUUAAUUCCUAGGUUCUUGUUUUCAUUGUGGCUUUAGGUAAGCCUUCUGAACUUUGGGUCAUGUUCUUAUGACUGAAAGAAUCUUACUUUACAGCAGCAUGAAGGGGUGAAAAGCACAUUGUGUGUUCCUGCAUAGUUAACUAGAAUACUGAGGCUGCAGAAGAUGUUCUGCCAUUUUGCACUCCAGGUGUUGAACAUUUGUUUUGUACUCAAGGCAGGGUCUCUUUCAGAUUUAAAAUAUUUUUGGAAGUUGUGUGGGGACCAUUCUGUAGGAAAGAAGCAUCUGAUGCUGUUUGAGCAAGAGUAAAGACUGAAGUGAACAAGUUUUAGAUUCGCUCUGAAGAGUAAGUUUUUGUUACUUCUCAAGCAAGAGAAUACUAAGCGAGGGAAAUAUUUCAUGGCCCUGCUUUUUUCAGAUCCUUGUUCUUCUUGGUGGGGAGAUAUAAACGAUCUGCAGGAAACUUGAACAUCUGAUUUUGAGAGCGACUACUGACCAGGAUGAAAAAAAAGACAGUAGAAAACAAAGUCUUGUUUGGCUCUUGAACUUUAAUGUCUUUUUCAUAUCAAUAUUUGUAGCAAUGUCAGAUAAACUUCAGUAGCAGCAUCCAUGUACAAGGGGAGCAAAAUUUAAUGGAAUUGGAAAUCGCAAACAGUAUGUGGUAUGCUUUGUUUAUUUAUGUAAAGGCAAACUUCCAGUGAGCUUAUUUUGUAGGACUGCAGUCUUAUAAAAAGCAUAAGUUGUGAUGCCACUAGCUGUGGAUAUGGCUGGAACCCUGCUUGCUUCCCCAGCUUCUUUCCAGGAGAGAUACUGGAAAUCUCUUCAUGUUAUGCAUGAAGAAAAAAAAUCUGUAUUCAGCAAUGCUGGGUCCUAGUCCUGUGAAAAGGGAAGUUAGUAUUCUUUGCUCGUGCUUGCAUGAGAGCUUAGGCUUUCAGGUAUUCUGCAUUGUAACAAACUUCUUACUUGGUCCUGUGUGAUAGUUUGGCAGAGCUUCUGCACCUGGUGACCUGCAGAUCAAAUUUAGCUGUUUGACAAUAUUUGAACUUUUAACUUUAAGCAGCAUUGUGGCAAACAGAUUUUUUUACUGCAGUAACUGUUCGUUUAUCGAUAGAGACUGUAAGGAAUCUUUUGCAGAGUGCUGCUGUAUUUAUUUGUACUGUUGUGUGAAUUAGAAUGCCUCGCUAUUUAAAGAUUUUUGUCCUUCAAUGUGAUUAUCAGGGUCACAGUUGAAGUACUUUUGAAUGUUCACGUGAUAACUUUUUUUUCUGUGAGGGAAUUCACAAAAUGUAUUGCUCUUAAUCACUUCAUCUUGUUUUAUUUAACUUUGGUAUGAAAGUGUCAAUUUUGUAAGUCAUUUUUGUAAA